UGUCUCUUUUUCGGUCCGCCUAACCAGACCAAUCAGUCCCCUCCUCUCUCUCUCUCUCUCUCUCUCUCUCCAUCCGAAGCAAAGCAGGUUUGCCUUUACCAAUCUCCCGGACCCUUCUUCCUCCCCCUUCAUUCACUGCGAGCAGCUGCCGAAUGAAGAUACUACCGCUGCAAAGUAUUUUUUGUUGAUGAAAGAAAAUGUCUCCUCCGUCCAAGGAUAUCGAUUCAACAUUUCAAGGUGCUGGAGCCACAAGUGGUCUAGAGAUCUGGUGCAUUGAGAACCAUCGGCUGGUUCCCAUUCCAAAGUCCUCACAUGGGAAAUUCUAUUCUGGAAGUGCUUAUGUGAUUUUGAAUACAGUUCUACAAAAGAGUGGCUCCCGUCAGCACAACAUUCAUUACUGGCUGGGAAAUGAAGCCAAGGAGGAGGACUUGGCUUUGGCAUCGGAUAAAGCACUUGAACUUGAUGACGCCUUGGGGUUAUGUGCCGUACAAUAUAGGGAAGUUCAGGGCCAAGAGACCGAAAAGUUUUUAUCCUAUUUCAAACCGUGCAUUAUACCUGUAGAAGGAAUUUACUCAUCAGAAACAGGGAAUGUCAAUGGAGAUACAUAUCAUAUCAGCUUGUUUACAUGCAAGGGAGACCAUGCCAUUCAUGUUAAAGAAGUUCCCUUUAGUCGAUCAUCCUUAAAUCACUUUGAUGUAUUCAUUUUGGACACUGCGUCAAAAAUAUACCUCUUCAGUGGUUGUAACUCCAGUGUGCAGGAAAGAGCCAAAGCUUUAGAAGUUGUUCAAUAUAUAAAUGAGACCAAACAUAAUGGAAACUGUGAGGUGGCAACCAUUGAAGAUGGGAAGUUUGUAGGAGAUGCUGAUGCUGGAGAAUUCUGGAGUUUAUUUGGUGGCUACGCUCCUAUUCCUCGGGAUUCGCCUUCUGCUUUUCCGGAAAAAGAUUUCACUCAUUCUAUAAAGUUAUUCAGGAUAACUCUUCAGGGACAACUAUGUGAACUUGGAGCAGGACCAUUGACCAGGGAAAUGCUGGAAGCAGACAAAUGUUACAUGCUGGAUUGUGACAGUGAAAUUUUUGUUUGGAUGGGAAGAAGUAGCUUGAUCACCGAACGCAGGACAUCAAUAUCAGCUACUGAAGGUUUUCUAAGAAAUGAAGGCAGGUCAGUAGGUGCUCGCGUGACCUUAUUGACUGAAGGGUUAGAAACAACUGCCUUCAGGUCACACUUCGUUAAUUGGCCUCAUAAGGUGGAUGCCAAGCUGUAUGAGGAAGGUCGAGGGAAAGUAGCAGCUAUAUUCAAGCAACAUGGUUAUGAUGUGAAGGAGCUUCCUGAGGAUGAGUGCGAGCCUGUUAUAAACUGCAGGGGAAUGAUAAAAGUUUGGCGGGUGAAUGGCGAUCAACUAUCCCUCCUUCCUAUCCCUGAGCAGACAAAGCUUUAUACUGGAGAUUGCUAUAUUGUGCAAUACACGUAUUCUAGCAUUGGAAAGGAUGAGAAUUUGUUUUAUGCAUGGUUUGGACGUGCAAGUUUAAUGGAGGACAGAGUUGAGGCUAUUUGUCAUAUGAAUGCUCUUGCCGACUCAACGAGGGGGCACCCAGUUUUGGCUCGAGUUCUUGAGGAUAAGGAACCAGAACAGCUUUUCUUGAUUUUUCAGACAUUAAUUGUUCUCAAGGGAGGUCAGAGUUCACGGUAUACCACUUUUAUAGCCGAAAAAGGUCUUCCAGAUGAAACUUAUCAUGAAGGAAAAACAGCAUUAUUCCGGGUCCAAGGAAAAAGUCCAAAUAAUAUGCAAGCCAUCCAAGUUGACCAGGUGUCCAGCUGCUUGAACUCGUCUUACUGUUACAUCCUUCAGACUGGACCUUCUGUUUUUACCUGGAUUGGCAAUCUCUCUUCCACAAGAGAUCAUGAUCUUCUCGAUAGAAUGCUUGAAUACAUAAAUCCAGCAUGGCAACAUGUGUCAGUGAGGGAAGGGUGCGAACCUGAUGAAUUUUGGGAAGCACUUGGCGGAAGAUCAGAAUAUCCUAAAGAAAAGGAGACCGCUAAGGCUAUUGAAGAUCCACAUUUGUUUACUCUGAUUCUCACUGAUGGUGACUUCAAGGUGAAAGAGAUAUACAACUUUACUCAAGGUGAUUUAACUACUGAAGAUGUCUUUAUAUUAGACUGCCAUGACGAGAUAUAUGUGUGGAUAGGAUUCAAUUCCAGUAUUGCAUCCAAAGGAGAAGCUCUUACUCUUGGCCAGAAAUAUCUUGAGAAGGAUGUUCUGGUGAAAGGACUAUCUUUGGAUACUCCAAUAUACGUUGUAACAGAAGGUCACGAGCCUCAGUUUUUCACUCGUUUCUUUUCAUGGGAUCCCUCAAAGGCAAAUCUUCAUGGCAACUCAUUUGAGCGGAAGCUUGCCAUUCUAAAGGGAGGAAUACAACCUUCAGAAGCACCCACGAGGAACUCAUGGAAAAGACACUCAAGAGGAGCAACUCCUGAUAGUUCAAGAAGCAGUUCAGUCAGUUCAAAUGGGCAUGGAAGGAGUGGAUCACCCUUGCCCAACUUUAGGUCUUCAUAUGAUUGGCGUUUCUCCAGCCCAACUCCGAUAGCAAGAAAGCUGUUUUCAGAAUUUUCACCUGCAAAUGGAAUUCCAGGUUCUCCAGAGGCACAGUUGGGGACCCCUGCUGAGAAUAUCAAUCCCAUUCAGAUUGAGGAAAGUGCUGCCGUAGAGAAUCUGUUAAUAUACCCUUACGAACGGCUGAAAGUGACGUCGGAUGACCCGGUCGAGGACAUAGAUGUGACGAGAAGAGAGGCAUACUUGUCCGAAGAUGAGUUCCAGGAGAAGUUCGAAAUCACAAGAAAAUCUUUCUACCAGCUUCCUAAAUGGAGGCAGAACAAGCUCAAAAUGACCCUCCAUCUCUUUUAGGUCCCUAAAUCGAGAUGGGACUGGCGUACUUCUCAAGGCAUUUGCAGGUCAGAUCACACAGUUAUUAGUUCUCCAUUCCGGUGGUAGUAGUAGUAGUAGUUGUAGUUAAAAUCUAGGAAAGAUAUCUCCACAGAAAGGUGCCCUUUGAUAUUCGAGAUGCCGAAUCAUAUAAUAUAAUCCUUUGGAAUGAUGUUUGCUGCAGGGGACCGCAUGGAAGUUGUCGUUUCUGAUGUCUUUUUUUUUUUUGGAUAGGUGUCGUUUCUGAUGUCUGCAGUCCUUAUCUUCUAAUUUUACCAUUUUUGACUUGGACUGAGAAUAUAUUGCUUCCAUCUUUUUUCUAUUGUUUGAUUGAUGAUUGAAAAUUCUCAUUUCUGAUGUCUCGUUGUAAAGAUGAAAUUACUAUGCGUUUGCUGUAUGAAGUUACCUCUUGACCUUUCUGGA